AUGUGCAUUUGCGACAAUCCCAGACGGCAUGUCGCCUGUCGGCACCAGAACUUCACUGAGGUGCCAAACGCCAUCCCUGAGCUGACUCAGAGGCUGGACCUCCAAGGCAGCAAGCUGAAGGUGAUCCCCCCAGCGGCCUUCCGGGAUCUGCCCCACCUGACACAUCUGCACCUGCGCCGCUGCGGGGUGGAGCUGGUGGCCGAGGGCGCCUUCCGCGGCCUGGGCCGCCUGCUCCUGCUCAACCUGGCCUCCAACCGCCUCAGCUCGCUGCCGCAGGAGGCCCUGGAUGGGCUGGGCUCGCUGCAGCGGCUGGAGCUCGAGGGCAACCGGCUGGAGGAGCUGCGGCCGGGGACGUUCGGGGCGCUGGGGGCGCUGGCCACGCUGAACCUGGCCCACAACGCGCUGGUCUACCUGCCGGCCAUGGCCUUCCAGGGGCUGACGCGCCUGCGCUGGCUGCGGCUGGCCCACAACGCGCUCAGCGUGCUGGCCCCCGAGGCCCUGGCCGGCCUGCCCGCCCUGCGCCGGCUCAGCCUGCACCACAACGAGCUGCAGGCCCUGCCCGGGCCCGCCCUGGCCCAGGCCCGCGCCCUGGCCCGCCUCGAGCUGGGCCACAACCCGUUCACCUACGUGGGCGAGGAGGACGGGCUGGCGCUGCCCGGCCUGCGGGAGCUGAUGCUGGACCACGGCGCCCUGCAGGCCCUGGACGCCAGGGCCUUCGCCCGCUGCCCCCGCCUGCGCAGCCUGGACCUCCGCGGGAACCAGCUGGCCGCGCUGCCCCCGCUGCGGGGCCCGGGCCAGCUGCGCCGGCUGCGGCUGCAGGGCAACCCUCUGUGGUGCGGCUGUGAGGCCCGGCCGCUGCUCGAGUGGCUGGCGCGGGCGCGGGUGCGCUCGGACGGCACGUGCCGGGGGCCGCGGCGCCUGGGAGGGGAGGCCCUGGACGCCCUGAGGCCCGCGGACCUGCGCUGCCCGGGGGACAGGGCGGCGGCGGAGGAGGAGGCGGAGUGGCAGGCGGCGGCGUGGCUCCGCGGCCCUCCUGGCAACCCCCAGGAGGCCGACGGGGCCGCCCGGCCCUGCCCGCGGGCCUGCGUGUGCGCCGCCGAGUCCCGGCACAGCGGCUGCGAGAGCCGGGGCCUGCGGGCCGUGCCCCGCGGCUUCCCCAGCGACACGCAGCUCCUGGACCUGAGGCGGAACCACUUCUGGUCGGUGCCGCCCGCGGCCUUCCCGGGCCUGGGCCGGCUCGUGUCGCUGCACCUGCAGCACUGCGGCCUCACCGAGCUGGCGGCGGGCGCCCUGGCGGGGCUGGGCAGCCUGAUCUACCUCUACCUGUCGGACAACCAGCUCUCCGGCCUCAGCGCUGCCGCCCUCGAGGGGGCCCCGCGCCUUGGCUACCUGUACCUGGAGCGCAACCGCUUCGGCCAAGUGCCCGGGGCCGCCCUGCGCGCCCUGCCCAGCCUGUUUUCCCUGCACCUGCAGAGCAACGUCGUGGACCGCCUGGAACCCGGGGACCUGACGGGCCUGCCCGCCUUGCGCUGGCUCUACCUGAGCGGCAACCGCAUCACCCAAGUGUCCCCUGGGGCGAUAGGCCCAGCUCCGGAGCUGGAGAAGCUGCACCUGGACAGGAACCAGCUGCAAGGGGUGCCCACGGGGGCCUUGGAGGGGCUGCCUGCCCUCCUGGAGCUGCAGCUAUCAGGGAACCCGCUCGGAGGCCUGGCAGAUGGGGCCUUCUGGCCCGUGGGCGGGUCACUGCAGCACCUCUUCCUGAACGACAGCGGCCUGGAGCAGAUUUCUCCCAGGGCCUUUCUGGGUCUGGGGCCACGGCUGAGGAGCCUGCACCUGCAGAAGAACCAGCUGCAGGCCAUACCCGCCCUGCCCCCUUUCAGCCAGCUGGAGCUCAUCGACCUCAGCGGCAACCCCUUCCACUGUGACUGCCAGCUGCUCCCGCUGCACAGGUGGCUCAUGGGGCUGAACCUGCGUGUGGGAGCCACGUGUGCUACCCCUCCCAGUGCCCAAGGCCAGAGGGUGAAGGCUGCAACUGCUGUCUUUGAAACCUGCCCAGGCUGGGCUGCCAAGAAGGCCAAGUGGAUGCCCGCCCCCAGGUCCAAUGCCAGGAGAACCCCCAUGAAGGGAUGACAGCCGAGAGCAGACAAGAUCUGGACAAUGACUCUGUCGCUUCCAUUCUAUGAUAUCUGUCCCCGCUCCUCACCUCCUCUACCUCUGGCUGGGCCCAGGUGGGUCUGUGAGGAAAUGACUACACUGUCCCAUCCUGUGGGACAGUGGCCUUUCUGAGAAGCCACAGAAUACCCAGAGCCAACAUUCUAGAAGCAAUGCCACUAUUGCCA